AUGUCUAAAUCACGAUCAAAAAUAAAACGAACAAUAAUAUCAUCAUCUACAACACUUGUUGAUAUAUCUAAUGAACAUGAAUUAUCUAUAUGUUGUUCAAAUCGUAAUUGUCCAUCACAUUGGCAUAGUCGUUUAACGGAAAAACUUAAAAAUCUUAAAGAAUCAAAAUUAAAAGAUUCUUGUUCGAAACCUCCUACAAUUGAAUCAAAACAUCAUUAUAAAUUAUCUUAUCCAGAUAUAUUAUCAAAAUUAUUUCAAAUUAAUGAAUUAGAUGAUAAUAAUCAUGAAAUAUAUUCAAAACCAAUUGAUAAAUCAACUAUACUUAAUAAACAUGAUUUAUUUAUUAAUCAAAUAUCUAAAACAUUUGAUAAUUUAGCAUAUAUAUUUAUUAAAAAUAAUCUUAAUUUACAAAUAAAAUAUCGAAUGAUUCCAUUAGUUUCGGAUCCAUUUUCUGAUCAGAUGGAUCGUAUGGAAGCUUCAACACAAUUAAAAUUCAAUCUUCUUCGUAUAAAUCAUAUACAUUUAAAUUGUCGUUUAACUGUAAAAAUUAUUUCCACACCAAUAUGGAAUCGUUCAGCUGUACAUGUUAUUGUACAAGAUGAAAAUACUGAUUGUCUUCGUUUAUCAAUUUAUAAUUGGUUAUAUAUUAUUGAUACAAGACAAAUUAAAUCAUAUAAAUAUAUUCAAGAACGUUUAACAUAUUUAUUACCAAUGAAUUCAUCUAUUAUUUUAUUAGAUCCAUGGUUAAAAAAAUGUCAUGAUGGUGAUAUUUCAUUACGUUGUGAAUCACCAAAUACAAAUUUAUUAAUGAUUGAUUUUGAAAAACGAUGUUCAACAAGUAAUCAAAUUAAUGUUGAACAAUUAAGACAAUUAGGAAAUUAUUGUUAUCAAAUAGAUGAUAGUUUUAGUGCUAUUGAAUUUUAUACAUUUGCAUUAAAACAACUUGAUGAACAACAAGAAAAAGAAUUAACAUUAAAAGGACAAUCAAUGGGUCCAAAAACAGAAGAACGUGAACAACAUCGUAUUCGUCUAUUAUCUAAUCGAUGUGCUUGUUAUUUACGUGAACGUCAUGCUGCUUUAGCAUUAGCUGAUACUGGUAUUCUACUUUCAUUUCAUGAAUUAUCUCGUUUUCUUGAAUCACCAGCAGCAACAGCAGGAAAACUUAUAUUUCGUUGUUUAAGUGCUCAUCUUUAUUUAGGUUUAUAUGAUAAAGUUGAAAGUUUAUUAAAAUCUCAUAAAUUUGGUAUGGGUUUAUGUGGAGGAGAAAAUCCAGCAGUAAUGGCUACACUUGAAAAUGAAUUAAUUAGAUUAAAAAAUGAAGCUACAAAUGGUCAAUAUGAUCUUCAAGGAAUGUUAUAUGAACAAAUUAAUAAUAAAUCACAAAUGUUUAUUGAUUUAUCUCAUCAUCAUGCGAAAUAUUAUAGAGAUGAUCUAUUUGAAAUUCGACUUUGUCAAACAGAAGAAUUAAAUAAAAAUCGAUAUCAAAAUGGUUCAUAUGGUGUAUAUGCAUUAAAAGAUCUUCAACCAGGUACAUUAUUAAUUGUUGAACAACCAUUUGCUAGCGUUGAUAAUCGUCUUAUUGGUGAUGAAUAUUGUCAUUCAAUAAAUUAUUGGCAAACAAAAUCUAAAAUUAAAUAUUGUACAAAUGAUAUAUUACGUUUAUUAAAUGAAAUUGAAAAACAAAUAGUAAUUGGUAGUGCUACAUGGACAACAUUUGAUAAAAUUAAAUUAAUGCAACCUAUUCGACAAUGGUUAGCUAAAAAUAUUGUUAGAAAUAUUGAUGAACAACAAGAAAAUCAUGAUAUACUUUCAGAUUUAUUAGACAAUUAUGAAAAAAUUUUAGCAGAGAAAAAACAAUGGAGAAAACCAUUUUUAAAGUAA